GGCACACACAAACGCCAAAAUCAGAUUAAAAAGCCAGAAAAAAUAGCGAUCUUGCUCUGCUCAGCCACACUGCAGCAAAUCAGAAUCGCUCUCGCCGCUCUUCUAAUUUCCGUGAAGAAUUAUGAUGCUGAAAGCAGCGUGGGAACCCGAGUACCACAGAGUAUUUGUGGACUUAUGCGUGGAGCAGAAGAUGUUGGGGAACCAACCUGGAACGCAGCAUAUAUUGAAACCUUUUCAGCAAAGGACGGGGGCUAGGUUCACCAGAAACCAGCUUAAGAAUCAUUGGGAUACAAUGAUCAAGCAGUGGAAGAUAUGGUGUAGACUUGUUCAAUGCAGUGAUAUGAAAUGGGAUCCCCACACAAACACUUUUGGUGCCAGUGAUGAAGACUGGGCCAACUAUUUACAGGUGAACCCUGAGGCGGGGCAGUAUCGGUUGAAUCCUCCAUUGUUCCUCAAGAAGCUAGAGAUCAUCUUUGAAGAUAGUACCUUAGAUGAUGAAGGUUCUUCAGGUAGGAAAAGGAAGCGAAUAUGCAAGCAUCGUGAUGAAGAGAAUGAUACUGGAGAUGAAGAUAUGCUAAGCGCGUCUAAUUUCUCGAGUCCUCAGUCUAAGGGAUAUUGGUCACCUUCCUCACAUGAGCUGUUUGUUGAUUUGCUGUACCAAGAGGCUUUAAAAGGAAACAGACCUGACUCACAUUAUCCUAAGGAAACUUGGAAAAUGAUGCUUGAGACGAUCAAUCAGAAUACCGGAAAAAGCUUUACAAGACCGCAGCUGAAAAAUCACUGGGAUUGUACCAGGAAAGGAUGGAAGAUCUGGUGUCAAGUGAUUGGUGAUCCCAUCAUGAAAUGGGAUGCAAAUUCCCGAACGUUUGGCGCUACAGAGGAAGACUGGAAAACCUACUUGAAGGAAAAUCAUAGAGCUGCAGCAUUCAGAAGGAAACAUAUCCCUCACGCAGAUAAACUAGCAACCAUCUUCAAAGGACUUAUAGAACCUGGAAAAGCCUAUUUCCGUCACUAUCGCAGGAGAGUGGAUGAUCAUCAUCCCGAAUCACCACAGCUACAUGACCCUACUCCAUUAUCAACACUCUACACAAACGAGCCAGUCACAGGAAGUGAAGAUAGAGCUGAUGAAGAUGAUGAUGAUGAUGAUGAGCCUGCUCUGCAGCACAUGAGAUUUGACGGUGUUGGUUUUGCAGAGUCGCGGUUACAAGAUGUUGAAAUUGUAACUCCUGGAAGUCACAGGUUCAACACCGAGCUGAUGGAGAAGAUUCCAGUGAAUGCAUCGGUCAAGAAGUACGAGUAUACCAUUGGAGAAUGCAUUGAGUGUCUGGACACCAUGGAAGAGGUUGAGCAAGGCAGUGAUCUUUACAUGUUUGCCUUGGAUUUGUUUCCGACAAAAGAGUACAGAGAGAUCUUCUUACAGUUGAAGAACUCAAGUUUGAGAAUGUCUUGGCUGCUUAGACGUCGAUCUGGUGGCCCUAGCACUGCUGCCUAAGAUCCUCUUCUCCCAAACUUCUGAUUAUUUAUCUAUCUUUAAUUAUCUUUCUUAGAAACAUGGUACUUUAUUCUAAGUUUAGUCGUUAUGGGUAAUAUCUAAUGUGUUGGGAGUAACUUAGAACUCUGUUUUCAAUAGUGUGAGAUAUUAAAUUAUAAUAUUUGUUUUCAAAUUA